ACGGAGUAUUAAACGGAGACCUCGUGCUUUGUUUUUGUUUUCCCUAGUGAUUUUCUUCUCUGGGAGGCAAUGAUGUGGAGUUUUGUGAAAGAACUUGUUUGGGGAGGAACAGAAGAAGUUGAAAAUGAAGGCGAUAAUCAUAAAGUUUUGGUUGAUAGAGAGAAAGAAAACAGUCGCCAUUUUACUGGUCGUGUCACUCAAUAUGAUAGAACUACAUCCUCUGGAAUGAUUGAUAAUAUUAUAUACUUUGAUCAGUCUGUGAUUAUGGGAGGAAUGAAACCAAAAAUUGGUGUCAGUGCUCAUGUUGAAGCUACAAGACAACACUCACUUGCUGCAUGGAAAGCAACAAAGGUACAGCUAAUCAACCAAUGGCAACCAGAGGCAGACACUGGCUCACGGAAUAUAGUUGGACACGUGACAGAGGAAGGAAGGACCAGCUACAUAAUCUACUGCACUAACAAUGAGGAAAUAACACUGCAACGGAGCUCCAUUCCAAGCACAUCUGAUUACUGCCCACGUAAUGGAGACUGGGUCAUGCUAAGUAUAGUGGAACAAGUUGGAGGGAGUGACAAAGAAGGAGAGAGCAGUAGGAUAGAGAUAACUGAUGUGAAACCAUUGAGGAGGAAAGAAGUAACAGCAACUAUAGAAUAUUAUACUGGUCGUAUUGGGAUGAUAGAGGGUGACAUUGGUUUUAAUCUAAGUGUAUAUCAAGGGGGUGGUGCUCCUUGUGUUGGCGAUACUGUAAUAGUCGAAUGUGUUGAGUGCAAACAUGCCAGGAUGAGCUGGAGAGCUAUAAAGGUUAAACCAAUCAAUCACCAGUCAACAAAAAUCUCCUCUGAUGGUGGGCAGCCAUUUUCUUCUUCAGCACAACAUGCACUCAAGCAAGAGGAAAAGUUUAGCAUUUUAGUGUCGGGGCAAGGAGAAUUUGGAGAUGUAGAGUUGAAUAAAAAGCGUUCGACCAUUUUUACAAUUAGUAACCAUGGCAGCACUAGCCACACCCUCAUCUCAUGUGCCCCAGUGUCUUUAAAGGAUCAGUUAUUAGUGAAAAUAAUUAAUAUUAAUAAUAAUAGUAAGGAGAAGGUGGAGGAGGAGGGAGUUGAGAUAAAGUCCGGUCAUGCAUUAGAAGUAUCAGUGGAGCUUAUAUCAAAGGUUUUAGGUCGUCUUGUUACAGUCCUAGUUUUCAAUUUUGGAAGCUUUAAAAUAAAUCAAUCAAUUUAUGCAAACGUGAUUGAUGAAAGCAUGUACUUAUUGGAACCAACACAAGCUUACGUGUCUUCUUCCCAGAGAAGAUCAGGUAUGAAUCCUGCCUAUCAUGACAGGCUCAAAGCAGCAAGCUCUGCUCCUGGUCAACGCCCCAAAAGGAGAGCAAUGGUCCGUCUACCGAACAAACUAAAGCAGUUUCCUAUCCCCACCAGUGUGAGAGAGUUCUUUGAAUUAGAUACAGAUGUUAGCCUGUUGUGUCCGAAGCUUCUUGAGCCUUUAAGCUGGAGCAGCUACGAAGAGUGUUUCUCGAUCCUUUUACACACCGAGGAGUUGCAGAUGGAAAUUAAUAUGCAGGAAUUUGACAUUCCCAUGGCUUCAAUGAUUCAACGUGGUCAGUAUCUUACACUUGAAGUACCAGGACUAGCCGAAGGGCGGCCAUCUUUAUUAGUAGGAGAUAUUGUGAUUGCUUGUGAACCUGGGAGAGAUAAAAAAUCAGAACCUUAUGAAGGAUUUAUUCAUGAAGUUCAUGGUCGGGAAAUACUAUUAAAGUUUUCUGAAAGGUUUCAUGAAAGAUUUCAUAAUGAGGACUAUGACAUCAUGUUCACAUUCAACAGGACUCCAAUGAGAAGAAUGCAUCAAUCAUUAGCUCUGGUCCCUGUAUUAGGACAGAAAAUUCUCUUUCCCCACUCCCCCUCUCCCCUUCCUCCCCUCCUUCGUCUCCCUCCCUCCCCCUCCUACUUUAACCCUCAACUCAACGAGAGACAGAGAGCAGCAGUAGGGAGGAUACUGGGGGCUCAGGGUAGGCCUGCACCGUAUGUGGUGUUUGGUCCGCCUGGUACUGGAAAGACAGUGACAGUUGUAGAGGCUAUACUGCAAGUGUAUUCACUGAGUACUGGUAACUGUAGGAUAUUGGCAUCAGCUCCUUCUAAUAGUGCUGCUGAUCUUAUAGCAGAACGAUUGCUAUUGAUGGGUAAGCUAGAGUCUGGUGUCCUGGUACGACUGAAUGCUUAUCAGCGCUCACAAAAACCACCCGAGAUACUUGGACCUCAUUGCAUGGACGUAUCUGAUGCAGAAAUGGCAGCUAGACACAAAAUAAUAGUAUGUACUUGUGUGACUGCUGGUAUACUGUACUCAUUGAGUCUCCCUGUGGGUCACUUUACUCACGUCUUUAUUGAUGAGGCUGGCCAGGCCACAGAACCAGAGGCUCUCAUACCUCUAGGACUACUGGCAGGGACUGAAAGACAAGUUGUUUUGGCGGGUGAUCCCUAUCAGUUGGGUCCUGUGCUACAGUCAAAGACAGCUGGGUCUCAUGGACUGGGUGUGUCCUUACUCGAGAGAAUAAUGAACAGGUCGGCCUACCAGAGGGACACCGAGAAAUUCACUGAUCACGGCUGCUAUGAUCCAUUACUGGUAACAAAGCUGGUCGUUAAUUAUCGCUCACACCCAUCCCUCCUCCACCUCUACUCUACCAUAUUCUAUCAUGGAGAGUUGGUUCCAGCUGCUGAUAUAAACAUGACCCACUCGUUACUGAACUGGGAGGGGCUUACUAACCCCGCCUUUCCCCUACUAUUCCAUGGAGUCAUUGGUGAGGACGUUAGAGAGGGUAACAGUCCUUCAUGGUUUAAUCCAGUUGAAGCUGUCCAGGUCGUUCGAUAUGUUCAGAGUCUAUUGAGUGGGUGUGCCUCCUUAACAGCAACAGAUAUUGGACUAAUAGCUCCUUACAGGAAACAAGUUGAAAAGAUCAGACUGUUACUAACAAAGACAGGAAUAGAAGAUAUAAAGGUUGGAUCUAUUGAAGAGUUUCAGGGUCAGGAAAAGAAGGUUAUAAUACUAUCAACUGUUCGUUCUAGUCCCGAUCUACUUAGUUUUGAUACACAGCAUAACCUUGGUUUCCUCAGUAAUCCCAAACGUUUUAAUGUCUCCAUAAGUCGAGCUCAGGCCCUUCUCAUUGUUGUUGGUAAUCCAAAUCUAUUGUGUAAGGAUCAACAUUGGAGUCAGUUAGUAGAGUAUGCUGUGUGUAAUGGUGGCUACACUGGCUGUCCUGUACCACUAGUCUUUGGUGGUGAAGACACUGUUCAAUGAGUCAAUACUGUUCUAAAAACACUAUAGUGCUAAUAUUCAACACAUUUAUCAUUUAUCAGUAUCAACUUGUUGCAUUAAAAAUAUAAAUAUAAUUAUGUUGCUAAAAAAUGGGCUCCAAAA